AUGAGGAAGCUGUGCCCGAACCAUGACCGCGACGACUCCCUGGACACCGUGCUGGAGGUGCCCAUCCCCGAUGAGAUGCUCGCCAACGCCCCCGGCGCCGACAAGCGCCGGGGGGGCGGUGCCAACAUGCGCGCCUGGCUCAAGACCCAGGCGUUCGAUCGCGCCACCGCCGACGGGCCCGCCGCCGCCGCCGCCAACGCCGAGCUCCAGCUCUUCCUCAACGUCGUCGGCUCGCCGCUCAUCCCCUGCCCCGUCCCCCACGACCGCGCCUUCAGCCGCUCCAUCCGGGACUCCUCCAUCCAAGCGUCGACGGCCAAGUACAUCAUGCAUCAGUACAUCGCCGCCACGGGCGGGCAGGCGGCGCUGCAGGGCGUGCAGAGCAUGUACGCCGUCGGGAAGGUGAAGAUGUGCGCGUCCGAGUUCCACCUCGGCGACCAGACAGUCACCGCCGCCCAGGGACGCGCCGAGGUCGGCGGCUUCGUGCUCUGGCAGAAGUGCCCCGAGGUCUGGUACUUCGAGCUCAUCAUGGCCGGUCACAAGAUGAGCGCCGGCAGCGACGGCAAGGUCGCCUGGCGCCAGUCCGCCGCCGAGAACUCCCACGCCUCCCGCGGCCCGCCCCGCCCCCUCCGCCGGUCCCUCCAGGGUCUGGACCCGCGGUCGAUCGCCAACCUCUUCUCCGACGCGGUAUGCAUCGGCGAGAAGGUCAUCAACGGCGAGGAAUGCUUCAUCCUGAAGCUGGAGGCGAGCGCCGCGACACUGCGGGCGCGGAGCGCGGCUGCGUUCGACAUCAUCCACCACACGGUGUGGGGAUACUUCAGCCAGCGCACUGGCCUGCUCAUCCAGCUCGAGGAUAAUCACCUGCUCCGCAUGAAGUCGGGCAAGGGCGCGCGACGCAGUGAGAACAUCUUUUGGGAGACCAGCAUGGAGUCCGUCAUCAACAACUACCGCCACAUCGACGGCGUCAACAUCGCGCACGGCGGGAAAACCGCCGUCACGCUCUUCCGCUACGGCGAGGGCUCCGUCAACCACAAGAGGAAGCUGGAGGAGACGUGGACGGUGGAGGAGGCCGACUUCAACGUGAAAGGCCUCACCUCCGACUACUUCCUGCCGCCGUCAGACCUCAAGAAGGAGGGCGACGACCAGCCCGGCGGAUGACCGGACACCGCGAAUAAUCAAGUGCUCGCGGUAGUGCUAA